UUUCUCCAAGGACCAAAGUUUGGGCAAUUGUUGAAAGGGUUGGUGGACAAGGGACUAUUCGUCACGGUUGUCCUAGACUGUUGCUUCUCUGGUAGCUUCUAUCGUGAUGAUGACCUCGAAGUCCGAUUCGUUCCUUUCAGCCAUUUCGCGACGACCAAGGAGACUGGGGAAGGGUCAGUACGGGAUGACAUACAGCCAUCAACAAUAAUCCGCGAUGCGUUGAUGCAGGACAACUGGCUCUUGAAUCCCACGGGGUAUUCUGUUAUGACUGCAAGCGGCCCGCACGAGAAAGCCCAUGAGUUCGAAUUUCCUGAUGGAUUUCACCAUGGAGUCCUUUCAUACUCUCUGUUCAAGGCUCUCCAGGAGUAUGGUGGACUCGGGAAAAGGCAACGGGACAUGUACAGCUAUGUGAGGGCCAAGGUGCGGGAGUACUGUUCACGACAAAGUCCCGAACUUUAUGGAAGCAAGCAUCGGUCUUUCUUCGAACAUUCCGCCUCUACGACGAAUAUGAACACCUCAGAAUUUGUUACAAUUACGAGGCUGUCGGACAAGACUCUCCAGAUACAUGGCGGGCGAGCUCAUGGAAUUUGUAUAGGAGAUGAGUUUAGCAUCUGUCCUCCAUUUACGGAGAGGGACGGCCCGAUCCAAGAUCAUGUGUCAGGCAGGGUCAUCGGGACCGCUAACAUCAUUACUUCAGCCAGAUCGAGGUUAUACUGCCCAAACUGGAUGGUUUGCAGUUCCCCGCACGAGAGUCGCACUUCGAAGGUUUGCCAUAGGGGUCCCCAACAGUCUCCCAUGCCAGUAUCAAUGGACUAA